AUGGCUUCAUCUGAUCAAGAUAGUAACAAUCCUUCAUUGUCAUUAAAAUCUUCUUCUAAUUCGAAUUCUAAUAACAAUAACAACUCUAAUUCCUCAUCUUCUUCUUCUGAUAAUAACAAUAACAAUAAUAAUCAUAAUAGUGAUAACAACAGUAACGACAAUAAUAAUAAUAACAAAGGUAAUGAAAAUAACAACAAUGACAACAAUGACAACAACAACGACAAUAACAACAAUAAUGAAGGUGGCAGCAACAACAGCAGUAGCAACAACAACAACAACGCGCCUCCUUCCUUGACGAUAAAUGUAUCACCGAAUACGCCAUCGCCCCCACUUCAAUUAAAAGGCUCACAAUCUUCUUCCGCAACAAAUUCACCAGGAUUGAGUAAUAAUGCUUCAUCAUCAUCCUCGUCUCCUAAAGAUGCUGCUAUUGUAGGUGGACUUGUGGUUGGUGUUGGGAUCUUAUUAUUGUUAUUGAUAUCCAUAGUGGUAAUUUGUACUAAGAAGAAAAAAAAGAAGGGUAAUGACAAUAUGCCAUACUACAAUGGAGAUCGUUCUCAACAAGGACAUCAAUAUAAUAACAACCAACAACAUAGUGGACCACAUGCACCAUGGCACCAACACCAAGACAUGAACAACUACGCAAGCGCGGGUAUGUCAUCAUCUCCAUGGGGUGGUGGAGCUAUGCCCUCACCGCCCAUGAUGAGCAACGAUAUAAAUAGUGCAAAUUAUUCGUCCGGACCGACUGGUCAAGCGUUACCGCCGUCUCACCCGUCAAUAUCCCUAGGAUUAAGUAAGAGCACCUUUAGCUAUGACGAGCUAGCGGCAGCAACAAAUGGAUUCCCCCAAGAACGAUUGUUGGGUCAAGGAGGGUUUGGUUAUGUGCAUAAAGGAAUUUUGCCAAAUGGCAAGGAAAUAGCUGUGAAAAGCCUUAAAUCUGGGAGUGGUCAAGGUGAAAGAGAGUUUCAAGCUGAAGUGGAGAUUAUUAGUAGGGUUCAUCAUCGUCACCUUGUGUCCCUUGUGGGUUAUUGCAUUGCAGGAGGUCAAAGAAUGCUUGUUUAUGAGUUUGUUCCAAAUAAUACCCUUGAGCAUCAUCUUCAUGGAAAAGGCCGACCAGUUAUGGAUUUCCCUUCAAGAAUGAGAAUUGCUCUUGGAUCUGCAAAGGGUUUGGCUUAUCUACAUGAAGAUUGCCAUCCACGAAUCAUACACAGAGACAUUAAAACGGCCAACAUCUUGAUUGAUAAUGCCUUUGAAGCCAAGGUGGCUGAUUUUGGCUUAGCUAAGCUUUCGUCCGACACUUAUACUCAUGUAUCAACUCGUGUUAUGGGAACUUUCGGGUAUUUGGCGCCAGAAUAUGCAGCAAGUGGAAAAUUGACCGAGAAAUCUGAUGUAUUCUCAUUUGGUGUCAUGCUCUUGGAACUUGUCACCGGCAAGCGCCCAAUUGAUCCAUCAGCUGACGAGGAAGAUAGCUUAGUUGAUUGGGCUAGACCAUUGAUUGGGCGGACAAUCGAAGAAGGAGUUUUUGAUGGAUUUGUAGAUCCGCGAUUAGAACGUGAAUUUGACUCCGAAGAGAUGAUGCGUUUGAUUGCUUGUGCUGGUGCAUCCAUUAGACAUUCAGCUAAAAGGAGGGCAAAAAUGAGCCAGAUAGUAAGAGCACUAGAAGGCGAUGUUUCACUAGAAGCUUUAAAGGAAGGACCAAAGGCAAGAAGUGGUAGCACAGUUAGCAGUAGCGGGAAUAGCUCCGAGUAUGAUUCCUCAUCAUAUAACAAUGACAUGAAGAAUUUCAGACGAGCAGUAUUCAACACCACAGAUUAUGCUAGUAGUGAAUACGGCGCCACCAACGAAUAUGGGCAUACGUCGGGUUCUAGUGGAGAAUUGUCCGUCAAACGGACUAGCCCGGGCCCAAAAAAUUUUCUAUGAUUCAAAUA